AUGGCACUCAUGGCAGCAGGAAACCCUGUGGGUCCACAGGUUGCGUCGCCCUGUAGAGGCAAGACGUCCCGGACGUAUGCAGAACGCAUGCAGGAGAUUCUGCGCAAUUUGCACAGCACCCUCCGCGCCAUGACGGUGGUGCAGCGCGAGCGCAGCUUCCGUCAACUCUUCAGUCAGCAGCAGCGGCUGAGACUUGAGGCGUACAUUGUUUCGACUCUGAACGUCUCGAAGGAAGUUGCGAAGGUUUCAGACUGCAAGCAAUGCUCUGAAAUGCCAAAUGCAACUCCAUUGAAGACCAUUCCGACCAUUCCACUUCCUUCCACCACAGGUAUUGAGAAACGAUGCAAGGUGCCGGGGUUGGUGGUGAACCCUCAAUGCAAUGGCCGCUAUUUUCGUGCACAGGUGGCCAUUGGAAGCUUGCGGCUGGUAUCCCGCUCAUCCCGCGAUCUGAGAAGCACCUUGCCUUUCUGCCAGUGCCUGUCGCUGGUGAAGGAUCGCUUGGAACAGGUGCGCACGCUUCCAAGCAAAGACUUUGCAGAGACCUUUCUGGAGGUCUUGCAUGCUGGUCUCGAGACCCAUGGCAUCUCCGCUGAUCAUGCAGGCCUUCGCCUUUACAUCAGCUUUCGUCCGAGCUGCUCGCGAAGACGGGUCUCUCGGCACUAUCUGGUGGCAGAUGAGGCGGAGCUACGCAUGGGCCUUGAGCACUGGCAACAGAUGCAGCCCGGCAACCAACAGUGGAAGCAGAUCUUCAUGGAGGAUUGCAGAGGCAGACCACGCCAGCUGAAACGUGCCCGAGCAAUUUUGGAAGAGUCAGAACGGCGACAAGAUGAGCUCGUGGCCCGCCGGGCGCAUGCUUUGCAGCAACGAGCAGAGAAGGAGCGCCAGAAAGUGCUUCGGCAGGAGCUGGUCAAGAGAAGGAAGCCGCGACGGCAGCCUGAACUGAGCCGCCCCGAGCGCGCAGUGCGCAGGCUGCUGAGACGCUGGACUGUGCUUGAGUCUUCGCUGCGACGAGGAGCAAACCGAUCGUUCCGGAGUGCUGCCGCACUUCUGUGA